CAUUACUUUAGAAAGUCCUUUAUUACUGCUAGGAAUGACUUGUGUGAAGUCGGACUUGUUGUUGGACUUUAUCGUUUUAGAAACACUGUUCCACACCUUCAUGCUUUGCUUCAACACUAUAAUAAACAUAGCUUUGUGGUCUUUUAUUGUUAACGCUAAAGGCAAAAUGUGAGUCAUUUCACUAAGCCACUUUUCAAAAUGUAAGUCACUUUCACGUUUUCAUAAAGGCGUAAACGUUAAACGGGACUACAAAUAAACUAUAUUUCCCACAAUCCCGUACGCGUCCACGCUGCGUGUCACGUCACAUCACUCGUCUCUCGCUUAUACCGACCGAAGUUCAGCGUGCACAAUGAAAACAACCCCCGCAUAAACUUCAAGAUUCUUGUGGGUUAACGGAUUUAGAUGUUAGUCAUGGCAGAGAAACGGCUGGUCAAUAAUUCACCGGAGGACGUUCAGAGUGAUGACGUCUUGAGCACGUACACACACGUCUACAGUCCCGACCUGCUCACUGGUCAGGUGGCGUUUAUAACUGGCGGUGGAUCAGGUAUUGGUUUCAGAAUUGUGGAGAUUCUGAUGAGACAUGGUUGUGACACGGUCAUUGCGAGUAGGAACCUGGAGAAACUCUCUGAGGCAGCAAGGAAGUUAUCCAGUGUCACAAACAGACGCUGUUUGUCUAUAUCGAUGGAUGUCCGUCAGCCAGAGUCAAUUAUUGCUGCUGUGGAAGAAACCCUGAAAGAGUUUGGACGCAUUGACAUACUUAUUAACAAUGCAGCCGGUAAUUUUCUGUGCCCAGCUACGUCACUAUCAUUUAACGCUUUCAAAACAGUGAUGGAGAUUGACACCAUGGGAACUUUCAAUACCAGUAAAGUGGUAUAUGACAAAUGGUUCAAGGAUCAUGGUGGCUCAAUCGUGAACAUUUCUGCCACACUGGGGUACAGAGGCCAGGCCCUCCAAGUGCAUGCUGGGUCAGCAAAAGCAGCCAAUGAUGCCAUGACACGUCACUUGGCAGUUGAGUGGGGUCCCAGUGGUGUGCGAGUGAACACAGUUGCACCAGGGCCCAUCUCUGGCACAGAAGGAUACCGUAGACUGGGUGGUUCUCAUGCAGAGACAGCGGGAAUGUUCCACAGCAUCCCUUUACAAAGAGCCGGCAAUAAGACUGAGAUAGCACACACGGUUCUUUUCCUGGCCAGCCGUGCUGCUUCAUACGUAACUGGUGCUAUACUGGUCGCUGAUGGAGGGGCGUGGCUCACGUCGGCAAAUGAUGUGGAACGGCUGCUGGGUCUUUGGUCAACAGAAAAAAGAAAGGAUAAAUAGCUUUCCUGGAAUGGAUGGAUAAAUAAUGCGUAGACCAAACAUCUUUUCAAAAUGCAUGAGGUCAUUGUGAUUAAGUUUAGAAUUUAUUAAGUCUUUAAAUUAUGCUUAACUUUAUAGACCAUUCAAUAGUUAUAAGACAAUAACAUUUAUUUAAAAAAUCAUAUCAGGGGAUAAACUUGAACUUGUUUUUUCCAUUUUAUGUCUACUUUAAUGACCUUAUGUCUACUUAAUUUCCUUCUAAAAACAA